AAGUCGACACCGCAGGCCCGCUUGGGCGGUACGCUGUACCUGCUGGCAGAUCGUUAAGUUACAGCCAUCCGCAUACGCUGGUCUUAGGCUCUGUUUUUUCUAAAACCAGUCUGUCCACGCAGUUCCAAGGCACUUGCCGUCCGAGUGCGCGUUGUUUAGACAACGUAAGAUAGGGCAUGUUAGCUUGCUCGUCCUGCGGACGUGCUGCACGCAAGCUCUAGUGCUUCGCCCAGUGCACGGAUAGUGAGAGCGGUGUAUAAUAAGCAGCAAGCGCGAUGAACUUGAUAGGUAGCAACAGGCUUCCUCUGCUUGGAUACAUGGUCGCCCACUUUAUCGCUUCCAGUGAAUGUGUCGAUGAGACCACAACCACCGUGGCUGGAGCACCGAUUGACAGCGAGGCAAGCACGCGCAGCUUUGAGGCCGACGUGGACGAUGCCCUCACUCUGCUUUCCCGGAAGGCGCUGCCGCUGGUUUCGGAGUUGUUGACGAGUGGGGAGCUCGGCGCUGCCUGUUCUUCGAGUCUCAUCAAGCUCUUCCUGCACCUAAGGCUCAAGGAACCAUGGGCGAUCCGCAUGGUGACCGCCAAUGGCCUGGUGCCGACCAACCUUCUCGAGGGCAGCCUGGUGAGUUUGGGAGGCUACGAGCAGUGCCUCAAGACCCGCUUUCAUGACUACCAGGGCGAGCUACUCUUCAAAGGCCGCUACUGCUCGCUCUUCGCCCAAAUGCCCAAGGAAGCCAUGCGCAGCCUCGUGGAGCGCUUCCACGCCGCCGGCAUGUUACGCGGGCGGAAGGAUCCACUGACUGCGACUACGGACACCGGUUUUCACAGCAUCGACUUUAGAGUUGGGAUAUGCCUGCCUUCACUGUGCUCACACUCUGAAAUAGAUUAUUUGUUUAGUUCAAUUAUGAAGUUAUACGGAGUGAAUGCCACUGUUCGAGGGUGCAGAACUGAUGAUCCAAAGUCCUUAACUAUGCUCCAGGCCUGCUCCAUUGCGCUCUUCUGCUCUCUAGCACUACUUUUAUGCGCUGGAACAAUCGCAGAGUGGUAUCUGAAGCCAUUAGGCCCCACGAAACCCAGUAAAAAGGCUGAAGCUUUUCCCUUCAAGCUCUUGUGUGGGUUCUCUGUCAUUUCGAACACCCAACGCCUCUUCAAUGCCAGCCAAUAUGAAGGAACCCCACGCGAAAAUUUGCUCUUCUUUAGCGGAGCCAAACUGAUCCUGUGCUUCUGGGUGGUCUUCUUUCACUCCUACACGCUGAUUCAACCCGAGUUCUACCAUUCCGGCUUCAAGAUAUUUGACUUGGGAGACCGGGUGUAUUUUCAGUUAAUAACAAAUGCCUUUUUGUCAAUUUCCAGCCUCUUCUUCAUUCAAGGAUUUACGUUUUCGUACCUUGUCAAUGUGGACCACAAAGCGCUUCCUGCAACAAAGUGCUUGCGUUCUUACUUGCUGAUUCUAGUUCAUCGGUACAUCAGACUGACUGUCCCCGUUGUGAUUGUGGUGUUCUUCGCAUUCCUGCUUCCCACCAUGGGUGAAGGGCCCGCUGACCAAGAACUGUUUUCGAAACAAAUCGGCAGGUGUGCAGAAAAAUGGUGGACGGUGAUCACGCACACGAACAACUUCAACGCGCUCAAUGAAACCUGUUUAGUACACCUUUGGUACGUCAGCACAGAGAUGCAGCUCUUCACCCUCACACUGCCAUUCACCAUGCUUCUGCCUAGAUUUCCGAAAACAACUGUGACCGUGCUUCUGUUGGCUGGAGUUACCUGCAGCACUUACACGGCCUUCCGCACAUUCUUUACGAAUCUGCUUUACGGCAUGACAACUGGCACGAACGAUGGACGGCGCAUCUUCAAAACUAUUGAGUUGAUUUAUUUUAGACCAAUAACCCACGUGGCGACGUAUGUAAGUGGCAUCCUGGCAGGGUACCUGACUGUGAGAUACAAGGAAGUCACCAUAUCUGGUUUCACGCAAGCAUUGCUCUGGCUGCUGUCAGCCGCAGCCAUGUGCUUCAUUUUAUUCAUCACAUUGCCAUGGAAUCGUGGGCACUUACCGGACCCCAUCACCAAUGCUAUAUACGGAGGAUACCACCGGCUCCUAUGGUCACUGUCACUAUGCUGGCCGGCUUACGCCUGCGCUACGGGCUACGGAGGCAUGAUAGCACGGAUGUCGUCGUGGAAAGGGUUCGUGCCCCUCGCAAGGCUCACGCACGGUGUGUACCUUCUUCAAGGCGUGUUCCUUCUUCUCCGGAUGGCGCUCGUAAAGACACGCUUCAACUUGGACGACUUUUUUCAGCUUACGAACACACUGGGAAUCAUAGGCAUCAGUUACUACUUCGCUUACCUGCUCUUUCUUCUGUGUGAUGCGCCCAUCGAAAAUGUUUAUGAGCACAUUUUCGGCAACAAAGUUCCUGAAACUUCACAGCCUACAAUGCCCACUCCCAGGCCAUUACAGACAAGUGACCAAAUCCGACGGCUUCCCUGAACGUUUUCAACGAAUUCGAUGCGCUUCAAUCAAAGUGAAAUCCUUGGGUCAUGCGCUUUUCUUGUACGUCAAUGGUGCCAACAAGCCGUGGUAAAUAAAGAAAAUAAUGCCACCU